AUGUCAGACUCGGAGCCCGAAAGCUCCAUUUUCAAGGUCUACAUCACGGCCGACCUCGACAAGGUCACGGUGAUGCGUGCCCUCUGCGGCGAUGACGAGGAGGACGCCGAGAACUUCGACCCCAUGCUCUUCCGCGGACAGACAACGCAGCAGGUGAUUCGAUAUCACAGGGAGGAGGUCAGCAACGAGUAUCACGGCCAUUCGAAGCUGCUCAUCGUCUUCGACGACGAGGAUCUACUCCGCCGGGGCGUCCUUCUCGUCAGCCUGCGCGAGUACCAUGGCUUCGACGACGCUGUGCGCUGCCCGCCCGAGCACGCCAACGUCUACGUCAGCGCCCUCGGCAUCGACAACGAGGACUGGUAUGCGGUGCGGCUUGACGUGCCGGACGACAUGACCCCGGCCGAGCCGGUCGACUGGUUCGGGCUGUACAACCUCCUGCCCGACAGCCGACGGCACGUCUUUGAUGAGGCGGUCCGGGCCAUGAACAAGGGCCUUCAGGACGUUGGCGUCGACGUCUCCUCGGACGACGGCGAAGAUGGCGAGGCCGACGACCUGCCCCGUCUCUACCGGCCACUGCACCCCGCCCGCCGCGACGUGGCAAAGGUCAAGAGCGACCACGGCUUGCACGCGCGACGCCACGGCCUCGACCGGCGCCGAUUCGCCGUAGUUGAUGAGCACUACGAGACGAGGGGCGCCCUCGUCGUCCAACUGGAGCCAAGCGACUCGUUCCGGUGCAGGAACGAGGCCGCUGGAGAGAUUUUGAGGUGGCUCUUCAUCAACUUCAUGACGUGGGACGAGGCCAAGAGGUUCGCGGCCACCCAGUGA